AUGCUGCUCGCACCUGUUUUCAUUUUGUUUGCAUCUUUCAUGAAGAUUGUCUCAGGGGCAGAUUGGUGCUACCAUUCCCAAGUUACAUGCAAUCAUACCUGCACAGUUCCAGAGGUAUGGGGAGCAGUUUCACAGCACUGCGGUGGCAGACGUCAGUCUCCAGUUAACAUUGUUACAAGGAGAUUGCUACCAGAUGAGCGUCUUACUCCUUUUCACUUCAUUGGCUAUCAGGAGGCUUUUCACGGUCGCCUCAGAAACACCGGCCACACUGUUCAGUUAGAUUUGCGCUCCAGUAUGAAGAUCCAAGGAGGAAACUUGGCUGGACCAUACAAGGCGGUUCAGCUUCACCUGCACUGGGGUAAAGAUGGAGGACCAGGGUCAGAGCACACAAUUGAUGGAGAACGAUUUCCAAUGGAGAUGCAUAUUGUCCACAUGAAAGAAGAAUACGAAUCUUUUUCCCAGGCUGUAAAAGAUCCCACCGGUGUGGCCGUUCUUGCAUUUUUCUUUGAGGAGUCCAAGUCUGCCAAUAAGAAAUUUGAUCCAGUUCUUAAUGCUCUGAAAUACAUCAGGCGACCCUCAGACAGCACGGCACUGAAGGGUGUGUCCCUGGAAAUGUUGAUUCCUCCUCAGAAGAAUCUGACCAAGUACUUUCGCUAUGAAGGGUCCCUCACUACACCUAACUGUGCUGAAGCUGUCGUCUGGAGCCUGUUUGAAAACACCAUUCUUCUUAGCCGGAAACAGCUCGCUGUGUUCUGCCAGCUCCAGUUUUCUGAUGGAAAGCAAAUGGUAAACACUUACAGACCAGCGCAGCCCUUGAAUGGACGGCAGGUGUAUUACUCCAGAGGCCAUGUUGCUCUGGUUAAUUCUGUGUCAGUCAUUGUGUCAGUGCUGGUAUCCAGUACACUUUCCUUUUCUCUCUCUGUUUAA